GGCCUCGGCGGCGGUGCCCACGCCCCGCGCCCGCAGCGAUGGCCUUGGUGACCCUGCAGCGCUCGCCCACGCCCAGCGCCGCCUCCUCCUCGGCCAGCAACAGCGAGUUGGAGGCUGGUAGUGAUGAAGAUCGAAAGUUAAACCUCAGAAAAGCCCGUGGGAGUGCCGUGACGAGGGGACCGUCAGCUGUUUUGCUCCUUCUGAAUGGGUCCCUUUCAUCAGGAAAUGCUGGGACAAGAAGGGCCUUUCAAAGCCAAACUGUCAGGAAGACGCGAGCCACGAGAGCUGUCGCUCUUUGGGUGGAACCAUCAUCCCGGGAGGACCUGCGCCCGCCUCCUCACCUGUCCUGUGUUCUUUGGAGAGCCGGGCAUCGCGGCCGCCUUGGGCAUAAGGAUGUGAAUGCCACAGUCAUGGGCCUCUCUCAUUUUUCUGACUUCUGCAUCUUCCUUCGGCCAGCUCACUGCCUCUGCUGUUCAGAGGGUUCCGGCCCAGACCACUUAAGCGAGAGCUUUUUCAUGGUGAAAGGAGCGGCCCUCUUCUUGCAGCAGGGAAACAGCCCCCAGGGCCAGCGGAGUCUUCAGCAUCCCCACAAGCAUGCAGGUGACCUGCCCCAACAUCUUCAAGUGAUGAUCAACCUCCUGCGCUGCGAGGACCGAAUCAAGCUGGCUGUGCGCCUGGAGAGCGCCUGGACCGACCGCGUCCGCUACAUGGUGGUGGUGUACACCAGCGGGCGCCAGGACACGGAGGAGAACAUCCUGCUGGGGGUUGACUUCUCCAGUAAGGAAAGUAAAAGCUGCACCAUUGGGAUGGUCCUUCGCCUGUGGAGUGACACCAAAAUCCACCUCGAUGGAGAUGGCGGCUUCAGCGUGAGCACGGCUGGAAGAAUGCACAUAUUUAAACCCGUGUCUGUCCAGGCCAUGUGGUCUGCCCUGCAGGUGCUUCACAAGGCCUGUGAGGUGGCACGGCGGCACAACUACUUCCCGGGAGGGGUGGCACUCAUCUGGGCCACCUACUACGAAAGCUGCAUCGGCUCCGAGCAGAGCUGCAUCAACGAGUGGAACGCCAUGCAGGACCUGGAGUCCACGCGGCCGGACUCGCCGGCGCUGUUUGUCGACAAGCCAACAGAGGGAGAAAGGACAGAGCGUCUCAUCAAAGCCAAACUCCGAAGCAUCAUGAUGAGCCAGGACCUCGAAAACGUGACCUCCAAAGAAAUCCGUAAUGAAUUGGAGAAACAAAUGAACUGUAACCUGAAAGAAUUCAAGGAAUUCAUAGACAAUGAAAUGCUCCUGAUCUUGGGACAGAUGGACAAGCCCUCCCUUAUCUUCGAUCACCUUUAUCUCGGCUCUGAAUGGAAUGCAUCCAAUCUGGAAGAGCUGCAGGGCUCAGGGGUUGACUACAUUUUAAAUGUCACGAGAGAGAUAGACAAUUUUUUCCCUGGCUUGUUUGCAUAUCAUAACAUCCGCGUGUACGAUGAGGAGACCACAGAUCUUCUUGCCCACUGGAAUGAAGCCUAUCACUUCAUAAACAAAGCGAAGAGGAACCAUUCCAAGUGCCUGGUCCAUUGCAAGAUGGGUGUCAGCCGGUCCGCCUCCACAGUCAUAGCCUAUGCCAUGAAGGAGUUCGGCUGGCCCUUGGAGAAAGCCUAUAACUACGUGAAGCAGAAGCGAAGCAUCGCGCGGCCCAACGCGGGCUUUAUGAGGCAGCUGUCUGAGUAUGAAGGCAUCCUGGAUGCAAGCAAGCAGCGGCACAACAAGCUUUGGCGCCAGCAGACGGACAGCUGUCUCCAGCAGCCCGCGGAUGACGCCGUAGAGCCCAGCAGCUUCUUGCCAGAGACCCUGGAGGUAGCCCUGGAUACCGGACUACCUUGCUUGGGUGAUGCCACCCAGCCCGGGCUUCCAGGAAGCCAGGCCCCGGGAGGACCCUCUCUCCCCUGCUGUUUCCGAAGACUUUCACACCCCCUCCUCCUCACUCCUCACGAUGACGCGGCUGGCUCCGUCCACUUGGAGGACCUGGAGAGGGACGCCCUGUUGGAGGAAGCCGCUCAGCCAGCAGAAGUGCACGCACUGGCCCGGUGUCCCCAGGAAGGCACUGGGCGGUGUGAGCAGGACAAGAAGAAGAAACCAGAGUUUGGGUGUCCCAAAGCCUGGAGCAGCUCCCUGUCCCAUGUAGAAGAGAUGGAGAGGGAGGAGGGCUUCGGAGAAGGGAGGUGGGGGCGGGCCUCCACCCGGCUCGAUAGAAGCCUGCCGGACCAGGAAAACCUAAAUAACAACAACAGCAAGAGAAGCUGCCCAGACGACUUUGAGCACGAUGCGGUGUUUGGGAUCCUUAAUAAAGUGAAACCUUCCUACAAGUCCUGCGCCGACUGCAUGUACCCUACGGCCAGCGGGGCUGCGGAGGCCUCCACGGAGCCGUGCGGGGACCCCAGCGCCCCCGCCAUCUGCACGCAGCCAGCCUUCCUGCCCCGCACCUCUUCCCCCAUGGCCCAUGCAAGCAGCAGGUGCCGAGCUCUAGAAAGGCCAGCCGCCAGCCCAAGCGACACCCCCUCGUUCCUAGCACCAGCAGGCUCAAGGAAGCCAGACGCCAGCAGCCCUGAGUUGGGGUCAGAGCCCCCAGCUAGCCUUCCAGUAUCUUCCAGAGAGACCCCCAAAGCCCUGCCAAAGUCGCUCCCCUUGAAGAAUUCUCACUGUGAUAAGAACCCCCCCAGCACGGACGCGGUGAGGGAAGACUCGUCACCCAAGAGGGAUCCGAAGGCCACCAAGGACCUGAGGCUACUGUUCAGCAGCGAGUCGGAGAGACCCACCACCCACAGCUACCUGAUGCAGCAUCAGGAGUCCAUCAUCCAGCUGCAGAAGGCAGGCCUGGUCCGCAAGCACACCAAAGAGCUGGAGAGGCUGAAGAGCCAGCCCGCAGACACGGCCUCGGCCUGCAGAGAGAGCGCCACCAGCAGGCUGGAGGCCAGCAUCCCCGAGGAGGGCCAGGAGCCCGCCCACCAGGUGGGGAGCCGGGAGAAAUCGGGGGCCACCCCUCUGCCCCCAGAGGAGGCCUCGCCCAGGAGCCCCGCUGCCAUCUCCUGCCGCCUGGAUCACACCAGUAACUUCUCGAAGGACUUUCUGAAGACCAUCUGCUACACCCCCACCUCCUCCUCCAUGAGCUCCAACCUGACCCGCAGCUCCAGCAGUGACAGCAUCCACAGCGUGCGCGGGAAGCCGGGCCUGGUGAAGCAGCGCACCCAGGAGAUCGAGACGCGCCUCCGCCUGGCGGGCCUCACCGUCUCGUCCCCCCUGAAGCGCUCCCACUCGCUCGCCAAGCUGGGAAGUCUCAACUUCUCCACCGAAGACCUGUCCAGUGAGGCCGACGCAUCAUCCACCGUCGCCGACUCCCAGGACGCCAAGGGGAGUGACUCUUCCUUUUUGCACGACCCCCGGGCUCCCCCAAGGAACCCCAGGGCCGCCGCCCCCGAAUCAUCAUCGGGGAGAUCUGCCCCCGAACACUUGAAAAGCCCAUCGUCGUGCACGAAUGCAAGCUGACUCUCCUCUGGCUCUAGCGGGCCUGACAUUUUCAUGCUGUCCUUCCCGUGGUCUCGUUGCGGAUUCUGAUCCACCCUUGUACAUCUUGGUUUGUGUAAAAUAACUGAAAUCACCUGAGCUCCCCCCCCACCACCACCUCCUGUUGCAGGGACAGGGGGGAAACCACACUGGCCUCGAGCACAAGAAGGGUAUGUGGCCCCGAGAGAUCUGGAAGCUGUCAGCUGGGUGACACAACACUCUUGAUUCCCCAGGUCCUGUCUUCGAGACGAAUCAUAAUCAAAUGUGCAUCUGACAUACGCCACUUGGCGACGUGCAGAGGAGCUGCGGUGGUGAUGUCACCACGGACCACGCUCCCUGCUCAGUCCGGUCUUCGCGGGGAAACUCUUGGAUGACAACGUAAUUUCUACCUCUGUUCUCGCUGUGCUUUAUUCUUAUUAUUAUUAUUUUAAGAUACAGUAACGACCAAGGUUCGUUCCAGGGAAUGACACUGUGUCAGAAAAUUUUUUUCUAAAAAAGAAUUUGUGUUGUUACUUCCCCAUAAAUGUCAAGACUUUUUUUUUUUCUCACUUGACUGCUCCAAGCCCUGCUGGGGUGAAGUCAUGAGAGGAAGAAGGAGGGCUGUGAGGAGUGGGGGGGGUCUUCUGUGCAGUCCAAGUCCCCCAUCCUGGGGUCCUGUGGCCACACAGAGGUGUGUGUGUAUGUGUGUGUGUGUGUGUGUGUGUGUGUGUGUGGUUGGCAGCAAGGUCAGGGUGGGAAACGGGUGUGGAGUCCUUUAUUGGUGAUGAAGUGGCCGUCGCCCCACGGGUGGGGCAGGACUCUAGGAGCAUCACCCCACCCCGCCAGCACAGAGAACGCACUCGAAGGCACUGGAGCAUCGGCAGCGGGGCAGCGGUUCUGGGGUGCAGAAACCCUGACAGCCAGGCUCGUCUUUAAAUCCCGUCUACCCAUGUCUGCUGAGAGGAGGGGGGGUGUCAGAAAUAAGAGCCACUUGUGGGUCCCCGGGAACCACUCCGUAUGUCGCUUGGCUGGGAGAUGCGAGUCCCUUGGAAAGCCUCACAAGUGUUUACAGUUGCCUUUUCCUGGGGCGAGACUACUUCUUCCUCUUUCUCCCGCUUUCCCCAGUUGUCAUGCUGUGGCCAAGGACGCUGGAGCCCAAACGUCGGCUCUGGGCUGGAGAGAUGGCUCAGCGGUUAAGGCGCUUGCCCACGAAGCCUAAGAAUUCAUGUUCCAAUCUCCAGGUCCCAUGUGAGUCAGAAACGCACAGUGACGCAAGCGCACAAUGUUGUCACACAGGCGCCCAAGGGGACACAAGUGUAUGGAGUUCGUUUGCAGCGGCUGAAGGCCCUGGCACCCCCAUUCUUUCUCUGCCUCCUCCUUGCUUGUUCUCUGUUGCAGUCAGGUUCACAUUGGUGGCAGAAAUCACCCGACCAAGAACAGGGUUUAUUUUGGCUUACAGGCUCAAGGGAAAGUUCUAUGAUGGCAGAGGAAAAUGAUGGCAUGAGCAGAGGGUGGACCUCACUCCCUGGCCAAUGUCGUUAAGUGGCCAAUAGCAACAGGAGAGUGUACCAAAUACUGGCAAAGGGAAACUGGCUAUAACACCCAUAAGCUGGCCCCUAACAAUACACUGCCUCCCGGAGGCGUUAAUUCCCAAAUCUCCAUCAGCUCGGAGCCUAACAUUCAGAACACCUAAGUUUAUGGGGGACGCCUGAAUCCAACCACCACAGUCUCUGUCAAAAUGAAAAAUGGAAAAAAAAAAUUAGGUGAGCUCAUGCAUAACACAGGGUGCUAAGAUAUUUCAAGGAGAGACAAGCAGCUUGGUAGAAAUGCAGAAGGGCUUAAUUUGGGGCCUGGCAAACUAUUGUAUAUAAGCCCUAGGGUCCAAGAAUGGUUUUUGCUUUUUCUGUUUGUUUGAGACAAGGUCUCACUCCCCAGUCCAGGCUGGCCUCAAACUCUGGCGCUUCUUUUCUCCCUCAGCCUCAAGUGCUGAAAUUAUAGAUAGGGUCUGCCAUGCCCAGUUUGGUUGUUUAAAAAAAAAAAAUUCAGGAGUGGAGGCUCAUGAUUGUAAUCUCCACGCUGAAGAGGCUGAGGCAGGAUAAUCAUGAGCCAGGACCUCCCUGGGCUACACAGUGAAACUCUGCCUCCAAAACAAUAAAUAGUUAGUAACCGACCGCAAGAGACCAUGUCACUACGAAACUACCACAUGGCCACCUGGAUGCCUGGGGCCAAACCCUUCCCUCCUACCUUAGUCUUUUCCAGCCUCACCCCAUUUGUCUGGAGUGUGGAUAGUCCUUGUGUAGAGACCACAAAAUCGUCAGGGGCCAGCCCCACUCUAGAAGCAGAUGAAUAGGUUGUCAUCUUGAGUUGGUCAGAAUGAAAUCCCGCCCCCCGCAAAAGUGGCCAUUCUGGAGAAAGCGCCCAGGCAAAGCCUUCAGAACAAGGCUGGUUCUUACCUCAGGUAGCACAGUUGUUGGGGACACCCUCCCUUCCAGGAAUUUGGCUCCCCGGUAUGAUUUUUUUGUCUUGUUUUGGUUUUGGAAACAGGGUCUCAUAGCUCACAGUGACCUCGAUCACCCUACAUAGCCAUGAAUAACCUUGAACUCCUGAGGUUCCUGCCUCUACCUUCCGGAGCACCACCACACCUGGUUUUCUGGGCACGUUGUUUUUAUUUUUAGCUCUCCAUGUCAUUUUAUAGGGAACUUAACGACUGUUAUUUGUAAUUACCUUAAAAAAAAAAAAAACGAAAAGCGAUUAUCCACUCUCCCUUA